UACAAAAAUGUGACAGCAGGACCCAAACUGUUUGAUUUCGAAAUAAGAGGACUAAUUUCGUUAAUCAUCUAAAAUAAGGAAUCAAAAUUGUAAUUAGACCUACUUUAUAAAAUGACCAUGUCUAAGAAAAAAAAAACAUUAUAAUAAUAAUUAAAGCUUUCAAUAAAAAAACUAAUCUACCCGCGCAUCUCCCUAGUUUUAAUUAGUUUCUUUUGAGGCAACGGGUUCUUGGUUUGUGGACAUGUUUCCGUGUUGGCGCCCGGGUUCAUUCGCUAUCCUCAAAGAUUUAGACUUGGAGCUCAGUUUACAAACCGUUUCAUUUUGCAAUUUGGUUUCACGCCUAUACAUGAGUUCUAAGAAUUGUGCUCGUAGUGCGUGUGUUUGCUCAUAAUUCAUAUCUAGGUUUGCUUUGUUUAUCUUUUGGACUUUUUUUAUUGGAAAAUGCUUAUUAGUAAGAAAGUGGAAAAACAAGAAAUGCAAGAAUAGAUCCCAACCAUCCAUUAUCACCACAACCCCCAUGAUCCCUAUUAAAAAAGAAGUUAAAUUUAAAAUUAAUUUAAAAUUUACCACUAAAAUAGUGACACAUACUCAUUCUUGCAUUUCUUCUUCAAAUUGCUUCGUACUAAAUAACACUACUCUUUUUUAUUAGGGUCACGUUUUGUGUUCUUUAGUUUUUUAUACUCUUCUCUUUUUUAUUUUAAUCUAUUUAGGGUGUUGCAGAUGAUGAUUGAUUCACCAUUUGCACCCUUCUUGCCUAAAAAGAAAAGGAGGAUAGAGAAGUUAAUAGUAAUAAAAUUUAAAUCGUACUUAUAUUUGGUGUAGGUGUAAGAUUAUGCGUCAAAAUAACUUUUCUAAAACAUUAAAGUUAAGUAUUUGAGGUCCACUAAUACUUUCUUUUCUUCCUACUUUUUUGUUUAAACCAAACGACAAAAGCAAUACUCUUUCUACCCUUUCUCUUCCCUGUAUUUCUGUCCUUUCUCUUUCUUCUCAACCAAACAAUGUGUAAAUGUUGUAGGCAGCGUGUCCAAUUAUUGUAGCUAAUGUGAAGGAGUAUCAUGGAGUCAUGGUCCAAUAUUAAAUAAUCAAGAAAUGAUUCUUUGAUAAAGUUUUCAAUGUCUUAUUAUUAUAUAGUAACUAACUGGUAUCUAUCUUUGAUUCAUAUUGGACUGGAUAUUGUUACAAUAUUCCAAGUGGUCUUUUAAUAUAUUAUUCACUGAAUUAGGUGACAUGCUUUCUUUGAAAGUAUCUACAGAUUGAAUGAAUGCAUCCACAGUCAAUCAUCAUGUUCUUUUUUCCACUUUGUCUGCCAGAAUUAUUUGUCACCUUAUAUUCCAUAUGAGCAGCAAUCAAUUACUCAUUAUCAUCUCUUCCACUAACUAAAGAUGAUGAACACUAGUGUUGUAUGUAUUCUCAAAUUAGUUGCAGUACUCUUUGUUGCGGUGUUGCAGUUGUUUGUGAAUGGAGCUGUUGGUUGCUUAGAGAACGAGAAACAUGCUCUCCUUCAGUUGAAGGCAAGCCUUGUUGGAAACUAUGAGACUUCCCUUUUGACAAGUUGGGACAGUAAGAGUGAUAGUUGUUGUGCAUGGGAAGGAAUCAGUUGUAGCAAUCAAACUGGCCAUGUUGAAAUGCUUGAUCUAAACCAAGAUCAGUUUGGUCCUUUUCAAGGCGAGAUCAACACGUCGUUGAUGGAGUUGCGUCAUUUAGUUUAUUUGAACCUUAGUCAUUGUCUAAUUUCAAAUAGUAUUUUUCCAGAAUUUUUUGAUUCUUUAAGCAACUUGAAAUUCCUUGACCUCCAAUCCUCGUAUUACUCAACAGAAAUUUCAAGUGGUUUUGCUCGGCUUGGACACUUGCAAUAUCUUGAUCUUUCGAGCAAUAACCUUGAGGGUACAAUUCCAAGUCAAUUUGGAAGUCUCUCUUAUUUACAGCACCUUGAUCUCAGUUAUAAUGCCUUAGUUGGAACCAUUCCUCGUCAACUUGGGAAUCUCUCUCGUUUGCAGUACCUUGAUUUUUCGGAGAAUGGUCUUGAUGGAACUAUCCCUCGUCAACUUGGAAGCCUUUCAAAUUUGCAGGAGCUUCAUCUUCAAUAUAAUCAAGGGCUCAAAGUUGAUGACGAGAAUAAUCAUGUUGGAGGUCAGUGGCUUUCUAAUCUCACUCUUUUAACUCAUCUUGACUUCAGUGGCAUGCCGAAUCUCAAUUCUUCUUAUCUCUGGCUGCAAACGAUUGCCAAGCUUCCGAAAAUACAAGAAUUAAGGCUCUCCGGUUGUGCUCUUUCUGAUCUUUAUCUUGAUUCUCUGUCCCGUUCACGUUUGAAUUUUUCUACUUCUCUUGCAAUCCUUGAUCUUUCAUCCAAUACCUUCUCAUCAUCCAAAGUAUUCGAAUGGGUGUUUAAUGUCACUUCCAACUUCAUCGAGCUCGAUCUUUCCUCUAACAACUUCAAUGGCACCAUUCCAUAUGACUUUGGCAACAUAAACUGCAAACACCAUACUUUGCACUCAUUGCAUUUUGAUUCUAACAAUUUGAAUGAAGAUAUUUCAACUAUUCUUCUGAAAUUCUCUGGUUGCGUAAGAUACUCACUGCAAGGUAUUAGUUUACGUCACAACCAAAUUACCGGAACAUUGCCUAGCCUUUCAAUAUUUCCAUCUCUAACAACAAUCGACCUUUCAUUCAAUACGUUAAGCGGCAAGCUUCCAGAUGAAAUUCCAAAAUCGUUGGAGUCUUUGAUAGUUGAAUCAAAUUCUUUAGAAGGUGGAAUUCCAAAAUCAUUUGGUAACCUAUGUUCAUUAAAGUUGUUAGAUUUGUCAAGUAACAAGUUGAGCGAAGAUCUUACCCCGAUACUUCAUAAUUUAUCGGUUGGGUGCGCAAAGUACUCGUUGCAAGAAAUAAAUUUAGGUAGCAACCAAAUCAUUGGCACGGUACCUGACAUGUCCGAGUUGUCAGCUCUCAAAAACUUGGAUCUAUCUAACAAUCUAUUACAUGGCAAGAUAGUGCAAAAGUCUCCAUUCCCCUAUCAACUAGAAGUUCUGAAUUUGGAUUCUAAUAACUUAGAAGGUGUGAUCAGCGACUCUCAUUUCGGAAACAUGUCCUUGUUAACAGAAUUACACUUGAAUGGAAAUUCAUUGUCACUGAUAUUCAGUGAAAAUUGGGUGCCACCUUUUCGACUAUCUUCCUUAAGUCUACGCUCUUGUGUUUUAGGCUCGAAUUUUCCAAAAUGGUUGCAGAGUCAAAAACAUCUUUACGAUGUGGACAUUUCUAACGCAAGAAUCUCUGAUGUAGUUCCCGUGUGGUUUUGGACUCAAGCGAAAAAUUUAGUGUUCAUGAAUAUUUCUCACAAUAAUUUAUCUGGCACAAUUCCAAAUUUCUCCAUAACAUUUUCAAAAGAUUGUACACUUAUUCUUGACUCAAAUCAAUUUGAAGGUCCAAUCCCCCCAUUUUUUGGAAGUGCAAUGUUUCUACGGCUGUCUAAGAACAAAUUUUCAGAAACUUCUUCGUUUUUAUGUUCUAACACUACGGUUUAUAAUUUGUUCUUGUUGGAUCUAUCAAAAAAUCAAUUAUCAAGGCAACUCCCCGAUUGCUGGGAUAAUUUGCAAGCAUUAGCAUUUCUAGAUUUGAGUGACAAUACUUUGUCCGGUGAAGUACCAUCCUCAAUGGGAUCAUUACUUCAACUUAAGGUAUUGAUAUUGCGUAACAAUACCUUCACAGGAAAGUUACCCGUCUCCUUGAAAAAUUGCAUUGAACUGAUCAUGCUUGAUGCUGGAAAUAAUAGAUUCUCAGAACCAAUACCGAAUUGGUUAGGACAACAAUUGCAAAUGUUAAGCUUACGAAAGAAUCAAUUCUAUGGAAGUCUUCCAAAGAGUCUGUGUUACUUAACAAACAUUCAGUUGUUGGAUCUCUCAGAAAACAAUCUAUCAGGACGAAUUUUCAAAUGCAUCAAGAAUUUUUCUGCAAUGUCUCAAGAUGUUUCCUCAGAUAUUUCCACAGAAUCCGUUUUAUAUUACACAGUUACCUAUAGAGAUAGCUUUGAAGGCUUUGAUAUUAUUUCAUUGUUGAUGUGGAAAGGUGCAGAACAACAAUUCAAGAAUAAUAAGCUCAUUUUGAGGAGUAUUGAUCUUUCAAGCAAUCAAUUGGUUGGAGAAAUUCCAGAAGAAAUACAAAACCUGAUAGAAUUAGUGUCUUUGAAUUUAUCAAGCAACCAUUUGACCGGAAAAAUUACGUCUGGGAUUGGAAGGUUAAAGUCACUCGAAUUUCUUGACUUGUCGAGAAACCAAUUAUUUGGCCUAAUUCCUUCUUCUCUAGCUCAAAUUGAUCGUCUGUCUGUGUUAGACCUGUCUGAUAACAAUCUAUCUGGAAGAAUUCCAAUCAGCACGCAGUUACAAAGUUUUGAUGCGUCAAGUUAUGAAGGGAAUGCCGAUCUUUGUGGGAAGCCACUUGAUAAAAAAUGUCCGGGAGAUGAAGAAGCCGCGCAUGAGAAACCAGAAACAAUUGAAGAAAGUAGUGGAGAAGAUAAAAAGUAUAUUUAUUUGAGCGUGGCAUUGGGAUUUAUCACAGGAUUUUGGGCACUGUGGGGAUCAUUGUUUCUCAUCAGGACUUGGAGACAUAAAUAUGUGUUGUUCGUGAACAACAUAGUUGACACAGUGUAUGUGUUUAUGGUGCUGAAUGGAAUCAAAUUUCGAAGGUGGCUUAGAGGUUUGCAGGAAUAGUUUGUCUAAGCAUCUCCAGUAGAAUCAUAUGCGAAUCUGUUGAAGAAAAGUAGCAGAACAAGUAACUGCUCGGAACAUACAAAAAUUAAGGAAUUCAAAUUUUUCUGUCAUGUAUUAAUUAUUAACAUAACUCAUUUAUCAUAUAUGCAGUGAGAUUAAUGAUGUUAUUCUGAAAGAGAAAAAACAUGUUUUGUAAUCUGUUAUUGAGACUGUAAUGAUGACACUCUUAGUCCUUUCUUAGUUUUUCAAUAUUGUUUGUAUUGAAGUUAUUGAGAAAACAAUAUGAUUGUUGUGAAUCACCAUUUUUUCUAAAUGUUUCCUGAAAUUAAAUGAAGAGUAAAAUAUUAUUAUGAAGUAUGGAUUAUGAAAAGGUUUGAUUAUACGUAAAUAAUGUGAUACAUGAUUACAACGAUUUAUGGUAACUGACCAAAUGGAGAGGAAGCAUUAUGUUCACUGAUGAGAUGUGUUAUUAGUUAAUCCAUUUAAGGUAGUUAG